AUGUCGAGCGAGACCUCGUGUACGGGACGGGUGCCUGACAAUGACGACCACAUGGGAGUGCGAAUUAGCGCUGUGUUUGUCGUUUUGGUGACGUCAGCGGGCGCUACCCUAUUUCCCAUUGUGACGAGGCGUCUUGCUCGUGUCAAGAUCUCGGAGAAUUUCUACGAUUUCGCCAAGUACUUUGGCAGCGGUGUCAUUAUUGCCACAGCGUUUGUGCACUUGCUACAGCCAGCGCAGGAAGAAUUGGGUCAGACAUGUCUGCUUAAGAGUUUCCAGGACUAUCCUAUGGCGUACGCAUUUGCCUUGAUUUCCAUGAUGAUCAUGUUCCUUGGAGAAUUUUAUGCCUACCGGUUUGGCGCAGAGAUUCUUGAGCGCCAUGGUUUAGGGCGUGUGUCGGAGCAGCACACGUGUGGACCGCCAGACGCGAGGGCCUUUAACGAGGAUAUCGCGUCUGAGCAGCCGUCAGCGACCCAUGACGUGGCGAGCCCCACGUCAGAGGAAGCGCGGCUGGAAGCUAAGGAUGUUGAUCCUGAAAGCGGUCCUAUGGGCACAGAGGAUGUGGUGAUAAAGAAGCAGUCGUCAGGCACCGUCGAGGUGAUUGGCGUGUUUGUGCUUGAACUGGGCAUUUUGUUUCAUUCAGUGAUCAUUGGCAUCACGCUCUCCACGACGGAGUGGAACAGUGGUGCCGAAAGUUUUUUCGUCUUAUACCCUGCCAUCAUCUUUCACCAGCUCUUCGAGGGUUUAGGUCUGGGUGCACGCCUCGCGCUUAUGCCGUCCACGUACUCAGUUUGGUUCCUCUGCUUCUUGGGCAUGCUGUAUGCGUUGUGCACCCCCAUCGGUAUGGCGCUGGGUUUGGGAAUUCGCCGCACUUAUUCGCCAGACACGCCUACGUUUUACUAUGUGUCUGGUGUGUUUGACGCCGUCUCGGCUGGCAUUCUCAUUUACUCCAGUCUGGUCGAACUCAUGGCCCAUGACUUUAUUUUUAAUAAAGACAUGUAUCAAAAGCCGCUAUGGAAGGCGACACUGAACAUCUUGGAGUUGUGGGCCGGCACAGGUGUCAUGGCCCUCAUCGGUCGCUGGGCAUAG